GGGUUGUCUCUCGGGUGGAGUCUUCAGACGGCUGGUGCACCGGUCCCCGAACAUCCUCCUGCUUCAAUCAUGGCUUGUGGUCUUGUCGCCAGCAACCUGAAUCUCAAACCUGGGGAGUGCCUCAGAGUACGGGGCGAGGUGGCCCCUGACGCCAAGAGCUUUGUGCUGAACCUGGGCAAAGACAGCAACAACCUGUGCCUGCAUUUCAACCCCCGCUUCGAUGCCCACGGGGAUGCCAAUACUAUCGUGUGCAACAGCAAGGACGGCGGGGCCUGGGGCGCUGAGCAGCGGGAGGCUGCCUUUCCCUUCCAGCCUGGAAGUGUCGUGGAGGUGUGCAUCAGCUUUGACCAGGCCGACCUGACUGUCAAGCUGCCAGAUGGUUACACAUUCAAGUUCCCUAACCGCCUCAACCUGGAGGCUAUCAACUACAUGGCAGCUGAUGGUGACUUCAAGAUCAAGUGUGUGGCCUUUGAUUGAAGUCAGCUGGCCCGUGACCGCUAAUAAAGGCAGCUGCCUCUGCUCUUCCUGAACCA